AUGGCUCCAGAUGAAGUCAUCAAGAAAAAAAAGAAAUCUGUGAAGUUCGCGGAAGUCGAGCCCGAAACAUCGGCAUCGAAAGGGCCUGACUCAAAACUCAAAAUGAAAAAAGUUGUGAUUUCGGCGGAAAAUGUUGGCGAUUCUGCCGAAAAAACGGGAAGAAAACGAAGACAUAAGAACAAAAAGACACAACUUGAGUGAGUUUUCUCCAAAAAUUCGAUAAAUUGACGCAGAAAUUUGCAGGAAACGUCAAAAAUUGAUGGAAAGUCUAGUUGGCCCCAAAGUUGACGAAAUGGAAUUUGAAUCGGAGCACAAAAGUUUUGCCGACUUUGGACUCGACGAGAGAAUUUUGAAGGUAACUAUUUUUCUGAUAGUCAACCGAAACCUGAGACUUUCAGAGUGUCGGGGAUUUGGGAUGGGAAAAGGCGACGCAAGUGCAAGUAUCGCUGAUAUCGUUAGCCUUGGAAAACAAAAACAUAAUGGGAAGGGCAAGAACAGGAUCUGGAAAGACUGGAGCGUUCCUCUUGCCGCUUGUUCAGAAGCUGAUCACCGAAUCAAAGACGAACGACGGAUCGGUCGGCCCCAGUGCAGUCGUGAUUGCUCCCACGAAAGAGCUGAUCACGCAGAUUUACAAACUUUUUUUGAAGCUCUCUCAAACCCUUCCAUUCCUUCAAGGAAUCAAUCUCUGCGACAUCAAUGAAGAGGAGAGUUCUGUGUGGAUUGAGGACAGAUCCCACGUGGUUGUGACUACGCCGGGUAAGCUCUUGCGGAUGAUCUCGCUCCGUCCGGAGUACUGCUCGAAUGUCAGCUAUCUGGUAAUGGACGAAGCUGAUCUUCUGCUCUCCUUCGGUUACGAAGAGGAAAUGAUGUAAGUUAAUACUUUUUCCAACCGUUUCCAACCAUAGGUGCGGGAUGUUGGAGAAACGCCAAAACAUGUUUCCGACCUGGCGGUCGGAUUAAAAUUUUCGAACCAGCGGCAACCGUAAGACAGAACAACUUGGCGCCUUUCGGCUGCCAAAUUUUUUUCCCGAACCAGGCCCCUCACACUCUCCAGUCCCGAACUGCCGGCGCGCAAUUCAAAACACCUAUGUUUCAACUCAAAACCUUCUCACCUUACCCUAUUUUUCAGAAAGAUCCGCUCGAAACUUCCGCCGAACUACCAGUGCAUUCUGACUUCAGCCACACUCAAAGACGACAUGACAGCUCUCAAAAAGCUGUUUAUGACAGGCCCAGUUGUAACUAUCAAGUUGACAGAAGGAGAUCUUCCGAAUACGGAUCAACUGACACAGUAUCAGCUGGCUUGCCAAAGCGACGAAGAACGAUUCGCCAUUCUCGUCGCCAUGUUCAAGUUGAAGCUGAUCGUCGGAAGAACCAUCAUCUUUGUGAAUACAAUCGAUCGUUGCUACAAACUUAUGCUCGUCCUCCGCGUUUUUGGACUCAAAUCGUGCAUCUUGAACUCGGCGAUGCCGGCCAACAGUCGUUGCCACGUCAUCAAUCAGUUCAACGACGGAAGCUAUCAAAUUGUGAUCGCCUCCGAUGUCUCGGAUGCCGAUGGAUCAAAAUUAACUGAGCAGUUGGGAAAUGAAAAGAACGACAAGGAGAAGUCUGCGAAGAAGUCGAAGUUGGACAAGGAAUCUGGAGUUUCAAGAGGAAUCGACUUCCACCAUGUCGGCAACGUCGUCAAUUUUGAUUUUCCGGAGACGACGGACGCCUACAUUCAUCGCGUUGGGCGGUAUUUUGAUUUCUGAACAAUUAGAAGCCAACAAUGACCUUAUUUCAGAACUGCUCGUGGCUUCAACAAAGGAACAGCCCUCUCGUUCUGUACUCCACCUGAACGACCCCAUUUGGAAGUGAUUCAGGAGGAAAUCAAUCAGCAAAUGGGCAGAAAAGUGCUUCAGCCGUACGAGUUCCGCAUCAAAGAGUUGGAUACGUUUCUGUUGAGAACCAGAGAAGCGCUGGGAAAGUGCACCAAGGGAGUCAUCAAAAAGGCACGACUGAAGGAGAUCAGACAAGAGGUUGGGUUUCGAGAUUAGCCGGAAAGAACUUAAAUUGUAUUUCAGUUGAUGAGAUCAGCUAACUUGCAAACGUUCUUCGCCAAAAACGAGCGCGAGAAACUUCUGAUGCAGACGGAUUGCCAUCCGGUUAUGCUGAAAGUGAACUCUCCCGCCAUCGCCGACGUCACUUCCUACAUGGUUCCUGAAGCUCUCCGCGGCAUGGAUUUUUCCGCCCCAGGCCGGAAUCGUCGUUACAACAUGGGACAGAAGCAUCGUCAGAAGCUGAAGCAUAAGUUCCAGAAAAAUGGAAAGAAUCCUCUGAAGACGUUCAAAAUUUGA